GCGGACGGAACAGUUACAGAUUUAAGGUUUCCCUCUACCUCCGGACUGAAAGUGGAUGUAACGUGUGAGCCAAACAGACAAAAUGCUAAAGCAAAUAGUGCAAAAGAUAAGAUAAAAAGAACUCGAGAGUGAUAAGCGAUAAGCGUGGGUGUUGGAUUAGUAUCGGAUGCUGUUCCCACAUCGAGCACAAUAACCCAACAAAAAAAAAAAAUAAAACUGAGAUAGUCUUAUUUGUCGUGCGUUGAACUCUUCAGCUGCAGCUGCAUCUUUACGAUGUCCGCAGAGGAUUUAAGUGCACAGUCGGGUCUGUGCCUGGAGUGGAAGCAGCUCAACUAUUAUGUGCCAGCCCAGGAGCAGAGCAACUACAGCUUCUGGAAUGAGUGCAAAAAGAAGCAGGAGCUUCAAAUUUUACAUGACGUCAGCGGUCACCUCAAAACCGGCGACCUCAUCGCCAUUUUGGGCGGAUCGGGGGCGGGCAAAACCACAUUAUUGGCAGCGAUUUCGCAACGUUUGCGCGGUAAUUUAACCGGCGAUGUGGUUUUAAACGGCAUGGCCAUGGAACGGGAUCAGAUGACACGCAUCUCCAGCUUUCUGCCACAGUUUGAGAUCAAUGUUAAAACCUUUACCGCCUACGAGCAUCUGUAUUUUAUGUCGCACUUCAAGAUGCAUCGCAAAACCACAAAGGCGGAGAAGCGUCAGCGUGUCUCGGAUCUUCUCUUAGCUGUGGGACUAAGGGAUGCGGCACACACACGCAUCCAGCAGCUGUCGGGCGGCGAGCGAAAGCGUCUCAGUUUGGCCGAGGAACUCAUCACCGAUCCCAUCUUUCUGUUCUGCGAUGAGCCCACCACGGGACUCGAUAGCUUCAGUGCCUACUCCGUCAUCAAGACACUCCGCCAUCUCUGCACACGGCGACGAAUUACGAAACACUCGCUGAGCAAGGUCUAUGGCGAGGAUUCGUUUGGCACGCCCAGUGAUGGCAACAGCUCGGGCAGCAACUCCAUUGAAAUGGAAUUUGUGGAAAACUCCCAUGAAAGUCUGCUGCAGUCCAUGAAGGAGCUGCCCACGUUGAGCGUCCUCAACAAUAGUCCCAACGGCACACAGAAGAAGGCGGCCAUCUGUUCGAUUCACCAGCCCACAUCGGACAUCUUUGAGCUCUUCACGCACAUCAUUCUCAUGGAUGGCGGUCGCAUUAUCUAUCAGGGUCGCACAGAGCAGGCGGCCAAGUUCUUCACAGACAUGGGCUUCCUGCUGCCACUGAACUGUAAUCCCGCCGACUUCUAUCUGAAGACCCUGGUGGACAGCCAUGGCAAGGAGAACGCUGGCGAAAAGCUUCGCAUCAGGUAUGAGCAUGAGACGGAUGGUCUCUAUACCGGCAGCUGGUUGCUGGCCAGGAACUACAGCGGUGACUAUCUGAAGCAUGUGCAGAACUUCAAGAAGAUACGCUGGAUAUAUCAGGUGUAUCUGCUGAUCAUACGCUUCAUGACCGAGGAUCUGCGUAAUAUUAAGGAUGGACUGAUUGGCUUUGGCUUCUUCAUGGCCACCGCGGUGACGCUCUCUCUGAUGUACUCCGGUGUGGGUGGCCUGACGCAACGCACCAUCCAAGAUGUGGGCGGCUCCAUAUUCAUGCUCAGCAACGAGAUGAUCUUCACCUUCAGCUACGGCGUCACGUACAUUUUUCCAUAUUCAUUACCUAUCAUCAGAAGAGAAGUGGGCGAAGGCACCUACAGUCUGUCCGCCUAUUAUGUGGCUUUAGUUGUGUCCUUUGUGCCGGCGGCUUUCUUCAAGGGCUACAUGUUUUUGUCGGUGAUCUAUGCAUCCAUUUAUUAUACACGCGGAUUUCUUCUCUACGUAACCAUGGGCUUUCUGAUGAGUCUGUCGGCGAUUGCCGCCGUCGGCUAUGGCGUUUUUCUCUCCAGCCUUUUUGAGACCGACAAAAUGGCAUCGGAGUGUGCUGCGCCCUUCGAUCUGAUCUUUCUCAUCUUUGGCGGCACCUACAUGAAUGUCGAUUCGGUGCCCGUGCUCAAGUACUUCUCGCUCUUCUUCUACUCAAACGAGGCACUAAUGUACAAUUACUGGAUUGACAUUGACAACAUAGAUUGCCCUGUCAACGAUGAGCAUCCCUGUGUCAAGAGCGGCUUGGAGGUGCUGCAACAGGCCUCCUUCCGCACCGCCGAAUACACCUAUUGGAUAGACUGUGUCAGUCUUUUGCUGGUCGCCUUGGCCUUCCACAUAGUCUCAUUCAACUUGGUGAAACGUUACAUUAAUCGCAGUGGUUACUAUUGAGUG